AUGAAUUCUUCCACUUCUCUAAGCUCCUCAACUCCUUCCCCGACGACUAUACACACAGACCCGCUACCACAACCAUCUACAGACGCGCCCCAUGGAAGCCCCGUCGUAGCCUUCAUCAUUGGGCUGGCUAUCGUCAUAUUGGCAUCAAUACUCAAUGCUGCUGGACUCAAUCUAACAAAGCUAGAUCAUGUACGUACGAGCGUAAUACCAAGAGAACAACGUAGACGAGACUGGUUACGACCUUUAUGGUUAUUGGGCAUGGUACUAUACAUUCUAUCUCAAGUAAUCGGUAGCACUCUCGCCUUGGAAUAUAUGCGUGCAGAAUAUGUCGCUCCCCUGGGCUCUACAUCUCUAAUCUUCAAUUUCCUAUUUGCAAAAUUCCUGGUGGAUAGCCCUGUCACAAGUUAUGACAUUUAUGGGACUAUCAUCGUAAUCAUAGGUGUUGUUGGCAUUGUCGCUUUCGGUUCGAUCAACAGCGGACUGGGGACGGGAACAGAUGCUGCGUAUCUCACAUACCUGUGGACGCGUAGCAACUGGCUUCUGUUCUUCUUUUUCAUGGCAUUUUCCCUCAUCUUGCUAUAUACGUUUACGUCUCAGCUUGAGCAAGUCUUGAAUUCGCGCUCGGACAUCAAUGCUGAACCAUUUACGGGCAUGGGUUCGCGGAGACCUGCCUUGGCGCCCUCGGCGAGCGUAUUCAAGCGAAUUGUUUCUUUCUGUCAAGGAGUCAUGAUGUGGGUAAGGGAGAAACUCGAGAUUUGGACUGCACCACAUGAGGACAAGAGGAUCGCUUGGACUUUGGGUAUUGGUUGGGCAUGCUGUGGUGGUGGUUUGGCCGGUGGAUGUUUGGUUUUUGCUAAGGCUGCUGUCAAGUUGAUUACUGGGAGUUUGUCGCAUCAAAAUAAAGGCAAUCAGUUUGGCCAUGCCUCAAGCAUCUUCACGUUCUUGCUCCUUGUAGUCACGUCUGUGGCGCAGAUCAUUUGUCUCAAUCGAGGUCUGAAAGUCUAUGAUUCAACGUUAGUCGUCCCGGUAUUUUAUGGUGUCUAUACGGCUACAGGCUUCCUCAAUUCUUUAAUUUUUAACGAUGAAGUAGACGCAUACCAAUCUUGGACCCUCUUUCUCAUCUUUGUUGCCAUCACUAUCCUGAUCUCUGGGGUCGUUCUCUUGACUUACAAGAAACCCGAGAAAAAACCGGCGGCUCCUGGGGGAUCUGAUCAUAUGUCAUUACCCACUCGUUCACGUAGAGGUACGCCGAGGAGAACGGGAGACUACAACGAUGAUGAGCAGGACGUGCUGCGUGUGGCAGAGGAGGGCGAGGGGGAUGCUGAGGAACUGUGGCAAAUAGGCGAUGCAAGCGACGAUGAAGAACAUGAUCAACCGCAUAGUCCCCGCCCGGUACGACAACGGAGAGGGAGCGCAAGGUCCAGGAGAGAGGGUGAGGAAGAGGGUGAGGAAGAGCGGAUGAUUGGAGGCGACAGAGACGGUGAACAUCGCGAAUCUACGUCCUCAGAUGCGACACUUGCGCGACCGGAGAGGGAUGACGAGUUUGGGGAAUGGGAGCAAGGGAAAGGGUUGCAUUGA